AUGUCGGGCUUCCAAAUACCCGGCCUCGGCCAGGCCAAGCCCAACGAGACGCUACCCCCUCUUCCGCCCGAUCUGGCUGCCGCCGCCGCGAGCGCCGCUGGGCACGAAGACCUCCCCGAUGCGUCGGAGCAACAGACGACAGAGACCACAAGCGCUGAGACGCCAGCUCCCGCCCCGGCUCCUACUACGGCCUCUGCUCCGCCUCCAACUACCGCUCAUCCAGAGACUGAUCCCGACGCCAUGGUUGUUGACGAGCAGCCGCCCGCCAGCCCACCGUCUCUGACCAGCGCUCUCGAAGCGGCCAUUGGCGGUCUCGGCAGCGCCGACCCCGCGCAGCCGCCAGCACAAGAACAGGCCCAGCCAACAGAACCCGUCGAGAUGCAGACGAUGCCCCUGCAAAACGACGCCGGCGACAAUCCCGAGUGGGAGAUCGACUCCUCCCCGUACGAGUCCUCCUCCGAGUCCAGCUCCGACUCGUCCUCGGACGACGAUUCCGACAAUGAAGGCUACGAGCUGCUCGGCGUCGAGGAGACUGCGCGCAUGCUCAUGGAGGCCGAGGGAGGCUCCGACGACGACGCAGGCGGCCCUAGCGGCGCCAAGGCCGGCAGCGGCGCACAGCUGCGCACCAAGAACGAGGUCGCCGACGACGCCGUCACGCGGCCCGACGUCACCAUCACCGAGGCCAUGCCGCUCGAGGAGCUCGGCGCCGUGUCGCAGAUUGUCGACAACACGGCGCUCGUCACGGGCAUCACGCCCGGCGAGUACCAGGUGCUCGACGCGGGCUCCGUGCUGUGCACCGCGUCGCGCGUCGUCGUCGGCGCCGUCGCCGAGACCAUCGGCAAGGUCACGCGCCCCAUGUACACGGUGCGCUUCAACGGCGCCGAGGAGAUGGCCGCGCUCGGCUGCGCCGUCGGCACCACGCUCUACUACACCCCCGCCCACGCCACCUUCGUCUUCACCGAGCCGCUCAAGGGCCUCAAAGGCUCCGACGCCAGCAACCUCUACGACGAGGAGGCCGGCGACGAGGAGGUCGAGUUCUCCGACGACGAAAAGGAGGCCGAGCACAAGCGCGCCGUCAAGCAGAAGAAAAAGGAUAAGUGGAAGGCCAACAACCCGGAAAAGGCGGCAGCCGCAGCCGCGGCGCGCGCCAAGGACCACCCGCUCCGCCAGCAGCACAAUGUCGACGCUGGCCUCAACUACGACGACGACGACGACGGCCCGUACAAGCCGCUUGCGCGACCCUCGUCGCUGGCCAGCGGACCCGGCUCGUCGCAGUACGACCGGCCAGCGUCGUCGUCGUCCAGACAAGGCGGCGGUGGGCGACGCGGUGGUGAUUUCCGUGGCCGUGGACGUGGUGGCGGUCGCGGCGGCCGAGGAGGAUACGCUCGCGGCGGUGGUGGCAGCAGCGGCAACAGCAGCAGCAGAGACGGCUACGCACUCCCUCCGCAGGGUGCUCACCAGCAGAACCACUACGCACAGCCCCCUGCACCUCCAUCUAUGCCGCAGGGCGCGUUUGGCAUGCAGUUCCCCGGAUGGCCGCCGGCGCCGGCGCCAGGUGCCGUGCCUCCGCCACCACCGGGCUGGCCUGUUGCGGCUCCUGCUGCUGCUACCGUGCCACCUCCGCUGCAGGUGCCCGGACAGCAGCAGCAGCAGGGCGGUGCAGCUGGGGGCCUUGGCAUUGAUCCCUCCGUGCUUGCGGCCGUCAUGGCGCAGUUCCAGGCGCACGUACAGAGCCAGGGCGGGCAGCAGCCCCCCGCGUGGGGUGGCCAGGGCCGUUAA